UGAAAAAGUUACUGCCCUUUUGAGGAGGCGAAUCGUGACAGAAUCCCACAUGCGCAAGCGUCACAUAAACGCUGAUUAAUAAACAUUUGAUUCUCUUCAACUCAUUCCAUCCAACGGUGGAAAAUCUCCAAUUUCUCAUCAGAUAUAUACAUUUUUAUUAUUUUAUUUAAAUAUUUUGUUUUGAAACCCUAGGUUUUGUUUGAGAUCAAGUCCGCAGCACUCCUCCUCAUUUUCUUUCACAAAUAUUAUUUCAAAACUUGUACCCAUAUAUAAAUUGUCUCAUUUCUCAUCUUCCUCAACCCUUCUUUUCUCUGCCUUCUUCCAUUUUUUGGGGUUUUCUUCUUCUUCUUCUUCAUCUUUUCCGCUCAAUCAGCUAUGUCGGACGAGGAGCACCAGUUUGAGUCCAAGGCCGACGCCGGAGCUUCCAAGACCUAUCCUCAGCAAGCUGGUACUAUCCGCAAGAAUGGUUACAUCGUCAUUAAGGGCAGGCCCUGCAAGGUUGUUGAAGUUUCCACUUCCAAAACUGGAAAGCACGGUCACGCUAAGUGUCACUUUGUUGCCAUUGAUAUCUUCACUGCAAAGAAGCUGGAAGAUAUUGUUCCAUCUUCCCACAAUUGUGAUGUCCCUCAUGUCAAUCGUACUGACUACCAGCUGAUUGAUAUUUCUGAGGAUGGAUUUGUGAGUCUGCUUACUGAUAAUGGAAAUACCAAGGAUGACCUGAAGCUUCCAACUGAUGACAGUCUGCUCACGCAGAUCAAGGAUGGAUUUGCUGAUGGGAAGGAUCUUGUCGUGUCUGUCAUGUCUGCAAUGGGAGAGGAGCAGAUCUGUGCCCUUAAGGACAUUGGCCCCAAGUAGUUCAUUGCGUGUUGCUCUAUCAAAACUCAAAAUGUUUUUUUAUCUUAAGACCAUAAAUUUAUUGUGAUACAGCUUUGUUGUUGAUGGUGGUUUUAUUUGCUUUGAGAAUAUGUGGUCACGUUUUAUUUUAUUUUUCCUGCAAAUUAUUCUGAAUGAGAUGUUACCAAAAUUAUCAUA